GCGCAGCACAUUUAAAGCCUUCAUUAUUGACACAUGGAUCGACCAAUCACACCAAAGCACCGGCGGAAACCAGCCAAUCAGGAUUAUCUUCUGUUUGUGAGACUGCUCUCAGGCUAAACGGAAUUUCAGUGAGAACAUUGAUCUGUCCUUCUCAUCAUGGCUUCUGGAGCUCUUUUCCCCAGCAUGGUGUCUGGGUCCCGCGGCUCCUCCAGCAAGUAUCUGGUGGAGUUUCGUGCGGGCAAGAUGACCAUGAAGGGCAGCACGGUGACCCCCGACAAGCGUAAAGGUCAGGUCUACAUCCAGCAGACCGACGACUCCCUCAUCCACUUCUGCUGGAAGGAUCGGACCACGGGGAACGUGGAUGACGACCUGAUCAUCUUCCCUGAUGACUGUGAGUUCAAACGGGUGAACCAGUGCACCACUGGGAGGGUCUUCGUGUUGAAGUUCAAAGCAGGCUCCAAAAGACUUUUCUUCUGGAUGCAGGAGCCAAAGACUGACAAGGAUGAGGAAAACUGCCGUAAAGUGAACGAGUACCUCAACAACCCGCCCAUGCCCGGGGCUCUGGGUAGUGGUGGCAGUGGAGGACAUGAUCUGUCCGCUCUAGGAGGGGAGGGAGGUCUGCAGAGCCUUCUGGGUAACAUGAGCCACAACCAGCUUAUGCAGCUCAUUGGACCAACAGGACUGGGCGGGAUCGGAGGUCUCGGAGCGCUUGCUGGUCCCGGCUUGGCCAACCUCCUGGGCAGCAGCAGUAGCAGCAGCAGCAGCAGUGUUCCUGCAGCAAGCAACUCCUCCACAAGUCCCUCCACAGCCGUCACCCCUACCUCUACCUCUACCGCCAGCCGGCUCGGCUCCUCCCAGGUGCCCACCACCCCCAUAACUCCCUCAGCCACCUCAGCAGCCUCCCCAACAGCCACCACCCCCACCACCCCAGCGGUGUCUGCUCUUGCUGCGGGGGGAGCAAACCCCACACAGCCCAUCCAGCUGAGAGACCUGCAGAGCAUCCUCGCCACCAUGAACGUGCCGGCCGGCGGACAGGGCGUGGAUCUGGCGAGCGUCCUGACACCUGAAGUCAUGGCUCCAAUCCUGGUGAACCCGGAGGUGCAGCAGAGGUUGAUGCCCUACCUGCCGUCAGGAGAGUCUCUGCCUCAGAGCUCAGAGGAGCUCCACAACACGCUCAGCUCGCCGCAGUUUCAGCAGGCUAUGAGCAUGUUCAGCAGCGCUCUGGCGUCGGGGCAGUUAGGGCCUCUAAUGAACCAGUUUGGUUUGCCUGCAGAGGCUGUCGACGCUGCGAACAAAGGAGACGUGGAGGCUUUUGCCAAAGCCAUGGAAACAGAGACAAAGUCCGACCAGGAGGGAGACUCCAAAGACAAGAAAGAUGACGAUGAAGACAUGAGUUUGGACUAAAAAACUCUUGAGCAUUUCUAUUUAACAUAUUUAUUUUGCUGCUGCUUUGU